CUCAAAUUAUUAUAGUUACACCUACAAGGUAUUUUCAAAGUGAUGUUUCUAAUAAAGUAGCUGGUGAAGGCAAAAUUAGGCUACCCUUAGUUGCGUAAAUUUUGCUGUAAAUAGCCGUAGAGCAUUUUAUAUACAAUAAGAAAGAACGGGUUUAAUACGACAUUAAAAUAUCGCAGAAUGUUGAAUAGCGUUAAGGGAGAAACCUAAUCUCAGGCAUACGACAAGCAAACCUCUCUGUACAGUGCCUUUGUCGGAACGAUGGACUGUUAAACUUGAUUUCCGUUUGGGGUUAUGACGUUCAGGGUCUGGCGAUUAGAAUCACCUGACUAUGAUUUAGCUCAACAGUUAAAUGGUUUCCGCAGGGUGGUUGUUGCAGCAGUAUUGCGUUUGAAAAAGAGCAGGGUUUGAACAUUUUUAUUCCCACGACUUUACUUCUUGUUCAGAAUGCCUACUGAAAAUUUAACCGACAAACGCAUGUCCAAAUUCAAAAAUAAGGGCAAAGAACCGACGAAAAUGCGCGAACGCAGAGUUGCGGAGUGCGUUGAACUUCGUAAAGCGCAGAGGGUGGAGAGUAUACUGAAGAGGAGAAACAUUUCAUCCCAGCCUGAUGAAGAGCCCCUGUCGCCAGAGUACAACAUUGACAAUCAACUGGUAAUAUAUGCAACAAUUCAAGAGAUCAUUGCAAAUGUCAAUAGUGAAUGCUCAGAGAAGCAGAUGCAAGGUUGUGUAACAGCAAGGAAGCUACUUUCUAGGGAAAGGAACCCUCCGCUGAAAGAGGUUGUGGAGGCAGGGCUGUUGGCUCGCUUUGUGGCGUUCCUGGGUAGGAAUGAUGACCCCUCUCUGCAGUUUGAGGCUGCUUGGUCCCUCACCAAUGUGGCAUCUGGCACCUCGUGGCACACACAGCAGGUGGUUGAACAUGGAGCUGUCCCCGCCUUCAUUGCCCUUUUGGCCUCACCCAUGCUCAACAUCAGUGAACAGGCUGUCUGGGCCCUGGGCAACAUUGCAGGUGAUGGGGCAUCAUAUCGAGAUGCACUUAUCGACUGCAACGUGAUUCCUGCUUUAUUAGCCCGUCUAACACCAGAUGCUCCAGAGGGGGAAAAAGCCUUAUGUUUUCUUCAGGUGGGAUACCUCCGCAACCUGACGUGGACGCUCUCGAACCUGUGUAGGAACAAGAAUCCUUUUCCUCGCUUUUCUGCUGUCCAGCAGAUGUUACCCUCCAUUAUACAGCUGCUUCACCACAGCGACAAAUCCAUCCUGUCCGAUGCAAGCUGGGCCAUCUCCUACCUCACAGAUGGGCCCAAUGAGCGAAUUGAUGUUGUGAUCAAGACUGGAGUCCUACCACGGCUGGUUGAGCUGCUGGGAUUUGAGGAGCUUGCAGUGGUGACUCCAGCACUACGCUCCAUUGGCAACAUUGUAAGUGGCUCUGACCUGCAGACACAGAUGGCCAUUGAUGCUGGUGUACUGGCCAUUUUGCCCAAGCUGAUGCGGCACCCUAAGCCCAGCGUGCAGAAGGAAGCAGCCUGGGCUGUGUCCAACAUUGCUGCUGGACCACGUCAGCAGAUCCAGCAACUUAUAACGUGUGGUCUACUGCCUCCCCUCGUGGAGCUCCUGAAGAAUGGAGACUUUAAAACCCAACGAGAGGCUGUGUGGGCGGUCACCAACUACACCAGUGGUGGCACAGUGGAGCAGGUAGUGCAGCUGGUCAGAUGUGGUGGACUGGAGGCUAUCUUAAGCUUACUGCAUGUCAAAGAUGCCAAGACUGUCCUGGUUAUACUGGAUGCCAUCAGUAAUAUCUUCUUGGCUGCAGAGAAGCUAGGGGAGGUGAAUAAACUUUGCCUACUGGUUGAAGAGCUAGGUGGCUUGGAUCGCAUUGAACUACUCCAGAACCAUGAGAACAAUGCUGUUUAUCGUGCUGCUCAAGCACUCAUAGAGAAGUACUUCAGUGAGGUGGGUUCAGCUUUAUUGACAUUAACUUGACAUGUUGCACAAAACUGCUAUUUGGCCUAAUUGCUUCAUGUUGAGUCAUACAAAUUGUAUGUUUGGUUCUCUCCCCCUCAACUUGCCAACUCUUAGGAUGGUGAAGAUGAAUGUCUGAAGACUCGGGCCACUGAAACUGAUUUUGUUUUUGGCCCUGCUGAGGUCCAGAAGAGAUUUGACUUUUGAUUACCUUUUUAUGCAUUUUGUGUGAAUAAACUACUUUUGCAGGACUGUUGUCCCAGGCUUCUUUUCAUUACCCUGCUCCUCCAUUUUGGGCAGCAAGCCAUCUGCUAAGCAUGGUUCAGAGGGGGUGGGUUUCACUGCACUUCUGCCAUCAGCAUUACUUCUUGAAUACUGGCUUGUCUCAAUUGAGUCACACCUAUCCAUGACCCAAGAUUCUAAACUACAGUAAUGUGGAGGAACAUUUAAGUGCAGGGCUGAUGACUGACUGUGCAAGGGUUUAGCAGCUAAGUUGCAUGUCUGUUGCUGUAGAAAAAUGCACAAGGCCUAAACUCUAAAAAUGUAGGGGGUGGGACAUGAGGGAAGGCUUAAUUGGGCAAGGGCUGGUUAAAACCUUCAAACCAGUACCUCCAAAAUAGCAUCACCCAU